CUAUUGAACGAGAGUGAAGCAAACGUUUUACACCUGACCGAACAAGCUGCAAUUUUAAAGUCGGAAAUUCGAAGGUUGGAGAGGAACCAAGAGAGGGAGACUUCCGUUUCUAACAUGGAGUACCUCAAGAAUAUCAUCUAUAAGUUCCUGACGUUGAAGAGUGGCGACGAGAAGAUCCAGCUGGUUCCUGUCAUCCACACCAUGUUAAAGUUUUCCCCAGAAGAGAAACAGACGAUCAGCCGGCUCGCCAGUGGAAUCGAACCCGGUACAUCGACCUCCAACGUUGAAGGUGGAUCCACGUGGAGUGCCUACCUGCCCAAGUGGCCGGGGAUCGUUUGA